AUUCAAAACAUAACCUCAAAUUUGUGACAAUUCUCUAUGGUUAGUCUGUUUUGCAAACGGGGGAUUGUAUUCCAUUUAACACGAUUGGAAUACACGAAAUUCGGUGACCAAUUUGAUUUUAAUUGUUGAAUUGAAAUUUAUUGUGUGAUUUUUUGUACGAUGCGUCUUACCAAAGUGCUAUUUCGCCAGCAUUUGGGCUGGCAUACCAAAAUGAAAUGGAGAACUCAAAAGCGACGUAACAUUCAAGAUGAAAGAGUCGUUGCCAAUUUGAAAGAUAUUGGUUUGCCUGUUAUCGAUCCAUAUGAGGAGUUUGUUGCCGAACCCAAAAUGCCAGAUCUACCUGCGGAAUUUGUUGAUCCCGUUGCCCCCGAACUACAUGACCGAAAUGAAAAGCAUCCAUGGUGGAAUUCUCGUAUCUGCCAUACGUUUGGCGAUGGGAAUGUGUUGAUUUAUGGCGAAAAACAAGCGCAAGUCCUAUCCAAAACCUUGUUAGUCAAUGAGCUCCCGGAAAAUAUUCAGAAAUUAGCAAAGAAUGCUGACAUUUCGGAUGAAACGGAGAUUCAAGUGAAAAACAGCAUAUUGCAAGCACAUCUUUUCGAUUCACAUCAGGAAAAAUUGGCAAUAAAAAAGAAACCAGAUCAACCAAUGUGGGUGUAUCCACGUGACUGGGGCAUUACAGACCAACGCAAAAACCGAUACAUUACCGACAAACUGCUGCAGUACUGUGAGAAACUUACGGAUGCUUCAGUGACUGCCCAACGGAAAAUUUUGGAUAAUGCUACGUUUAUCGUUCCGUUUGAAUCGGAUGGAAAUUUGAUUCGAUUCCAAAAAACGGCCGAACAUUUUUUGGUUUCAAAACAACCACUUAAACCCAUCGCAGAUGUUUCAAAGGCCGAAAGCGAGUUGCCAGACAUUCAUCCAUUGCACAGCAACAUUUCGAUCGAUAAGGAGAACAUUUAUCAAAAUAAAAAUAUCUAUCCUAUACAAAAAGGUGCCAAUUUUGAGCAUCCACACACGGCAUUUGUCCACUACACACCGUUGGAUGUGAAAACCAUCACGUUGGAGCCAGUAUCCGAAGACCAAGUUGCAUCCCGAGUAUUGCUAAAAGCAUUCACGGUUGCCGCUGCAAAGGCCCAAUCAGUUUACGGGGCGGAUGUACAAGAAUUGCCAAAACCAAUAACUGUUCAAUGCGUACAGGUGCACGUCAAUAAGUUCUACUUCGGCGUUUAUCAACUGAACACAUUGAAUCUGCAGGGUGACAGUAGCACAAAGAACUAUUGGUUCAAAGUACCGCCAAAGCUUCUUUACACAAAUUGCGAGUAUCUCGAGAGUCGACCUGUGCUCAAGAACUAUAAUGGCGAUGUGCUGCGCCACACCUUAGCUUUUUAUCAAAAUCAAUAAACGAACACCGUAGUUGCAUGUGACAAAAUAAAAAUUAUUCAAAUUGUAGUUUAAUGUUAAAUAAAUUGAAAUUACAUGUUAUAAAAAAAA